ACCAGUGCCAGUUCAUCAAGAUCCUAUGGUGCACCAGUGCCAGUCCCUCAGACCCCUGCACACCAGUGCCAGUCCCUCAGACCCCUACAGCACCAGUGCCAGUCCCUCAGACCCAUACAGCACCAGUGCCAGUCCCUCAGACCCCUACAGCACCAGUGCCAGUCCCACAGACCCAUACAGCACCAGUGCCAGUCCCUCAGACCCAUACAGCACCAGUGACCCCCAGUCCCUCAGACCCAUACAGCACCAGUGCCAGUCCCUCAGACCCAUACAGCACCAGUGCCAGUCCCUCAGACCCCUACAGCACCAGUGCCAGUCCCUCAGACCCAUACAGCACCAGUGCCAGUCCCUCAGACCCAUACAGCACCAGUGCCAGUCCCUCAGACCCAUACAGCACCAGUGCCAGUCCCUCAGACCCAUACAGCACCAGUGCCAGUCCCUCAGACCCAUACAUACCAGUGCCGGUCCCUCAGAUCCAGGGUACACCAGUGCUGGUCCCUCAGAUCCAGGGUACACCAGUGCUGGUCCCUCAGAUCCAGGGUACACCAGUGCUGGUCCCGCAGAUCCAGGGUACACCAGUGCCGGUCCCUCAGAUCCAAGGUACACCAGUGCCAGUCCCUCAGAUCCAGGGUACACCAGUGCCAGUCCCUCAGAUCCAAGGUACACCAGUGCCGGUCCCUCAGACCCAAGGAACACCAGUGCCAGUCCCUCAGACCCAAAGAACACCAGUGCCGGUCCCCCAGACCCAAGGAACACCAGUGCCAGUCCCUCAGACCCAAGGAACACAAGUGCCAGUCCCUCAGAUCCAGGGUACACCAGUGCCAGUCCCUCAGAUCCAGGGUACACCAGUGCCAGUCCCUCAGAUCCAAGGUACACCAGUGCCAGUCCCUCAGAUCCAGGGUACACCAGUGCCAGUCCCUCAGAUCCAAGGUACACCAGUGACCAGUGC